AAGACCUACCACCAUCAGCUGUGUUACGAUUUGUUUACGAACGAUUGUUUUAACUAUUUCGCAAUAAUAUUUACUUAUUUAUCAUCUCAUUACAGCUAUUUUAAUAAGUGGCGGCAUUAAUAAUAAUUGUGUGUAAAGUGUACUUACUCAAAUAACGUAAGAUAGAUUAUAAAUUUAAUAAAAGCAAACAUGUUGGAGCCAUUGCUGAGCCAGCUGAAUAGCAUGAGAGUGGUUUUGGCGAGCAGUUCGAAGCAACGUGCUAGUUUGUUGAGCAGUACGAAAUUGAAGUUCGAAAUAGUUGCUUCGAGUUACGAGGAAAACCUAGAUCCCACACAGCAUACUUUUUCCGACUUCGUGGAGAAAACGGCUUUGGGAAAACUAAACGACGUGCUGGAAAAACUGAAAGAUGACCAACGAAAGCCUGACAUCAUUAUAGGAUCGGAUACCAUGGUAGCUCACAACGGUAGAAUGUAUGGCAAACCAAAAACAAGGGAUGAAGCUAUUCAGUGCAUAUCAGACUUGACGCGAAGUGGCCUGCCCAAUAGUGUUUACACAGGUGUCGUUAUAUGGUACAAGAACAAGAUUCACAAGUUUACAGAAGUCUCCACCGUCUAUAUGGCCAAACUGACUGAAGAAGAAGUGAUUGCUUACGUAGAUACAGGAGAACCAAUGGGAAAAGCUGGAGGAUACGGGAUACAAGGUAUAGCCAGCACAUUCGUGACACGCAUAGAAGGAGAUUUCAAUAAUGUAAUCGGGUUGCCCUUGUGUCGUUUAGCCUUUACCCUAAAGAAAAUUGUAAAUGAAAAUUAAGUAUAUUAAUAAAUAAGUAAU